AUGCAUUGUUUCGAAGCAGUUUAUAGGACACUUAGAGAUAUUAUCCUUCCUAAGAACCAUGAUAAACCAUUUGGAGGUAAGACCAUUGUAUUUGGAGGUGACUUUCGACAAAUUCUUCCAGUAAUAGAAAGAGGAAAUCGUUUAGAUAUUGUGCAGGCAUCAUCGCAUUCAUCAAGAUUAUGGCGUGAAUGUACAUUUUUACGUUUGACUGUAAACAUGAGGCUUCAGUUCGGUUGUCCAAACAAUGAUUUCAAAGAGACAAAAUCAUUUGCUGAUUGGAUUCUUAAAAUUGGUGAAGGUACUAUCGGUGGUCCUAAUGAUGGUGAAGUUGAAGUUGAAUUUCUAGAAGAUGUGAUCGUUCCCUCUAUGGGUGACCAUAUUCAUUCAAUUGUAUCCUGCAUUUAUUCAUCUUUUCAUAACCAUCUUGAUGAUCUAUCGUAUUUUCAAGAUAAAGCUAUUUUGGUCCCUACCAAUGAAGAAGUUGAUGCUAUCAACGACUAUAUGUUAGAAUUGAUGAAAGAUGAAGGGAAAACAUAUCUGAGUUCAGAUUCCUUAUGUGAGACCAAGACAGGAGAUUCUUUUGAGAAAUUAGUAUACUCUCCGUAUGUGUUGAAUGCUUUUAAGGCUUCUGGAAUUCCCAACCAUAAACUUAUACUGAAAAAAGGUGUUCCGGUCAUGUUGCUUCGUAAUAUCGACCAAACCAGAGGACUAUGCAAUGGUACUAGAUUACAAAUCGUAAGGCUUGGAAGACACAUGACUGAAGCAUGA